AAACAGACAAAAAACAACAAACAAGUGUUUUGUGUAUGAUCCAGUACAGCAAGGCGCAGGGCAGGCCUCUCUCUCUCUGCUAACUUGGUCAUUUGAACUUUGUUUUGAUGCUUUAAAUCUGUAUAACUUCCAAUGGUUCCAAUUUGUAUGAAAAUCAGCCAAGGUGGCCUCUCCGGAUAGGAUUUUUGUUGGCCAUGGCAUGGCCCCACUUGCCACCUGCCUCUUGGCAGGCCUUCUGGUCUGCCUUCCUCUCGUCAAUGCAGCUGCACAAUCGGCCCCCUGCGACAAGUCCCGAAAGGUUUUCACAGAGCCAUGGGGCAUUGUCACAGACGGACCCACAGGCUUCAACUACACCCAAGAUUCUCAUUGUGAAUGGCUCAUCAAAGCUAACAACAGUCAGCAGUUCAUCACCCUUAGUUUCCGAGCCAUGGGCACUGAGUGCUCAUAUGACUAUGUCUUUGUUUAUGAUGGAAGCUCUUUCAACUCUCCUCUACUAGGUAGUUUCAGUGGUAAAACAGAACCUCAACAAGUGACUGCUGUAUCUGGAUCUAUGUUAAUUCUCCUUUACUCAGAUACUAACUAUGUCCUUGAUGGCUUUAGAGCAGAGUUCUCUGUUACUGAUUGUCCUCGAAAUUGCUCCGGCCAUGGCUUGUGUGUCCGCCAUGCUUGUGUGUGUGAAGGAGAUUGGGGAGGAAAAGACUGUGGUGUAGAGCUUUGCCCUGAUGAGUGUGGUUAUGCAUUGGGUCGAGGUAUUUGUAGGGCAGGACGGUGUGAGUGUGCGGCAAACUAUACAGGUCGUGCAUGCUCAUUGCAUCGAGAUGAUCCUGAAGGAAAUAGGUGGCAUUUACUCUCACACUCCGAAGGGGGAUUUACUGCAAGAGCUGCUCACUCUGCUGUAUACUUGAGAGAAACUGAUUCCCUCUAUGUGUUUGGAGGCUUUGAUUUGAAUAAUGUUCUUGGUGAUCUUGUGGUGUACCAGUUUAAAUUGAGUCAGUGGGAAGAUGAAUCAGGAAAACAAAUUGAGGGUGCUGCAUCAUGGUCUGCACCUCUUGAUGCACACACAUUAGCUGAUGUCUUGGAACAAGUUGGUCAGAGUGGAGAAGAAAGAUGGGGCUUAAGGCCAAAGUCCUCAUUUUUGCGCAACUUACUUUUCUCUGUUGCGGAUAAUGCCACUUUAAAAGUUAAACAUCGUACUGCGCAAGAAAAAGGACAACAUUUGGCUCGCAUUCCAAGGCAAGCCCUAAUAUCCGGCACAGGAGAGCAGUUUUCUACAGAGACAUCUCAAUCUGCAGUCACUGAAAUUCCAUCCGAUUCAACUGAAGUCUCAGAAAUACCACCAGAUUCUGAUGUGAAUGAAGCAGAUCCUGCUGACCCUAUGCAUGAUGGAGAGUCUUCAACCUCUGUGCCACCCAAACUACCACACCCAAAACGGCCUGCACCAAGAUAUGGGCAUGCAGCAUGCAGGUGUGCUGAGGGAAUGGCUUUAUAUGGUGGCAAAUUAUCUGAUGGCUCUUUGUCUGAUGAGUUGUGGUUGUACAAUGUAAACACAAAGUCUUGGUUGCUGCGAGCUAUACAUUCCAAAGUGCGCCCUCCCAAACUUACCAGACAUACACUAACACUAGCUGGUGAUUACCUUUAUUUAUUUGGAGGAAGCACUGCUGGUGGUGAUUUCUCAUCUAGGCUUUAUCGCAUAAAAAUUGCUCUUGGUGAGAAAGGUGCAGAUCAUGAACAAUGGGAAUUAGUUCAUCCAAGAGGAGGAAAGGAGUUAGACGUACGAGUUGUGGCCCAUUCGACAGUUUACCACCCAGCUUCAAACUCUCUGCUUGUUUAUGGUGGUGUAGUAGCAGGUGUGAAGCGUUUUUCCAAACUCUCAGACAGAAUGUUUGCCUUUCAACUUGAUGCUCGCCAUUGGAGUGAGCUGCACUAUCCAAGAGCACACCUUCCUGAAACAUAUGUGCCAAGGGAGAGGGCUUUUCACACCAGUACCAUUAUUGGAAAUUAUCUUGUUGUAUUUGGUGGGUAUUCACAUCGCCACAAUAAAGAAGAAAUAUGUUAUGACAGCCAAUUAUAUCUGUAUCAUCUAGGUUGCCACACAUGGGUAAACCAUGAAGUUUUGGGAACACACCAUCCAGCAUCUCGUUACCCAAAGCAACAAGGUGUUUUUGCCCAUGCUGCAGCUGUGCGCAACGGAAAUACUCUCCUUGUUGUUGGUGGCUACCAUGGAAAUGUUAACGCUGAUUUGCUUGCCUAUACCUUGCCUCCAAUGCUAGCCAGCAGAGAAGGAGAAUCAUAUGAACCGGAUCAAGUCUGUGGAAGGCAUCAUGUUCGAGUGGAGUGCACAGCAAACCCAGAAUGUGGCUGGUGUUCUGCUGAUGAUGUUUGUUAUGGCCGAACUGUAGGUGUCAAUUGCACCACCAACCUUCAAACAACGCGCUGUCUAGGAGUGUGCCCAGCAUUGGGAGAUUGUCAUUCUUGCCUGAUUCACGGAAGUGCCCCUACCGCAUCAGCUGCUUUUAAACUUCGUCUUGGUCAGUGUACGUGGUGUGUUCAAAAUGCAAGGUGUCACCAUAAGGAUGACAAUUAUGGUGUGUGUGGCCUGGGUGAGGACACUCCAUCUGAGGCCCCAGGUUGGUGGGGUCCUAAAGGAACAGAAGUGACACGAGUAGAAGAAUGCAGAGUUUUGGACAGGCGUCCAGGUUUGACAUUUGUGCAGUAUAAACAUCCAGCCAACUGGUCCCAGCCAGAUUCAGUCAGUAUAAUAAAUGCAACAACAGCAGACUUCUCGUCAGGCACUGGAUGGUCUCGCUCAGAGCCUAUUGGUGGUAUUACUGCCCGACUGAGAGGAUCUCUUCACCCUCCAGACUGGUGGAAAGAUUCCCAUGAAACUCUGCGUAUGUGUGUCAGCCAUUCUUCAGCUACUCUGCAAGUUGCUCAUUUAAAUGCCUCUGAUCUACCUCAACAUGCCCACUUGGAAAUAGUUGGAAACCUCAGUGCUGAGCAAUCUGCCUGUGUCAGUGCCACUUGGGAACCUGGGAAGCCUGUCCUUCUGCACGAUGGUGUUUUCUUGGUCGACUUUGAAUCCCGCAAAACUGUCGGAGUGGACAUGCAUCAUCAGUCUAAAAUGGAACUUCAACACAACCGGAGCCAAGAGAGUGCCAAGGUGUUUACGUUCGAGUACUUGGCUCCGUACGAGAACGGGUCCUGCUGGCAGUACUCCAACUGCCUGGCCUGCCUGACGGACUCGGCGUGCGGCUGGUGCGAGAUCACGGCUCAGUGCCUGGACCGACACCUGGACGAGACGGAGGCGUGCCGCAAGCAGGGCGAGGAGGCCGGCCCGGACGAGUGGCACUACCUGACGCUGCAGCCCGCCACGUGCCCCAACUGCUCCAACUACAUCUCCUGCGACGCGUGCGUGUCGUCCGGCCUGUGCGAGUGGUGGACGGACGACGCGCGUUGCGCCCGCCGCGGCAGGGCCUCGGACGCCGUGCUUGACGUCAACAAGUGCCCCGCGCCCUGCCACGAGCGAGGCAACUGCUCGCAGUGUCUCGAGGAGAGGGGCGUGUGCGUUUGGUGUGAGGCGACCCAGGAGUGCUUCUCAUUCUCUGUAUACACUUCUGAGUAUCAGUUUGGCCUGUGUCGAGAAUGGCUUGAUCAAACGUACCAUGGUGUGACUACGGGACCGUCCAAUGGAGUUGCAGUUCCGCCAGGAGAAGGAGCACAGCAGUGUAAAAGUUGUAUGCGUCACCUAAAUUGCUCAUCAUGUGUGCAUACACUUGGCUGUGGUUGGUGCCAUUCAACCGAAAAUCCCAUUCAAGGAAUUUGCGUUCAGGGGGAUUUUGACCAACCUCAUGAUGAGCCGUGCUCUGCUGUUUUAAUGAGUGAUGAAGACGUCGUAAAUUGGGCAUAUGCUCAGUGUCCAGAUGUUGAUGAGUGUGACCUCGGUCUUGAUGAUUGCCAUCCUGAUGCCAUUUGUACAAAUACUCAUGGGUCAUACUCAUGUCAGUGUAAAAGAGGAUUUAAUGGUGAUGGUCGAACGACCUGUACCAAAACAUGUUUUUAUAAUUGUGUCCAUGGGUAUUGUGUAGGAGCUCCUGACUAUUCCUGUAGAUGUGAUUUAGGUUGGACUGGGUUAGAUUGCAACACAAAUUGUCUCUGCAAUAAUCAUUCCACUUGUUCGCAAGGAGUAGGCAAAUGUGACCAAUGUCAGGAUUGGACUACAGGCGAAUAUUGUCAAUAUUGCAGAGCUGGAAGUUAUGGGAAUGCAACGUCGGGUCAGGGUUGUCAUGGGUGCAACUGCAAUGAACAUGGAAGUGAAGCACUGGGCGUUUGUGACUUUCAGACUGGUGUGUGUUUCUGCCAGGAUAAUACCGUUGGUGAUAACUGUGAUAAAUGCAAAACUGACUUCUAUGGUGAUCCAAGAAAUGGUGGCCUGUGCUAUUAUCAGUGUAUGGCCCGAGGUGUUUUAGCUGGUUUUGAAUCUCAAGGAUUAGGCAGCCGUUCAGCAGUAGCAAAUCAGUGGGAGCCAAGAUUUGGUGGACCUCCUAGUUCUGAAUGCUUGUGGAUUAUCAGCCCAUUCCACAUGAAUAAUCGUUCUGACAACCCACCGAGUAUCAUUCAAUUGACAGUUCAUGAAGAUAUCCGAAUUCCAUGUGACGAAAAUAGUGUUUAUAUAUAUGACGGACUUCCUGAUUUUGUUUCAACAAAUCCAACCCAUCAAAGUCAUGUUUUGGGAAUGUUCUGUGGGGAUGAUUCUGUAUAUCCUUAUAUUGUUGAAGCAACCACUGGCAUUAUGACUAUACAUUACAAACAGUUGGAUUUGAACGACGGGUUUAAUGCUAGCUAUGUGAUUUUUGUGUGCCCUGAUCACUGUCCUGCCAAUCGGACUUGUCUCAAUGGUCAUUGUGUUUGUCCUGAGGGCUGGUCUGGUCCGCACUGUGCUGAACCUCUUUGCCCGAAUAAUUGCUCUGCUGAACUGAAGCAAGGCAUCUGUGACAAGAGCUAUUGGCGUUGUCUUUGUAAUCCAGACUGGGGAGGUCCAGAUUGCUCAGUAUCGUUGUUACCAUCACAUCUAGUAUCAACGGAACUUUUUAACUCGGCGCAUCUGUCUGAAGCAAGCUCAUUAGCCCAUUGGCGUAAAAUGUUGCCCCGAUUUGGACAUUCUUUGAGUGCUGACCGCAGAGGUGCUUUGUGGAUGUUUGGAGGAUUCUCUUUGUCUCAUGGACCUCUCAAUGACAUCAGAUUGUUUGACACAAAAAACGCCACUUGGAUGCAGAUUACUGUGGACUCCACCAGUGAUGCUAAAAUGCCCAAAGGCCGAUACUAUCAUGCAGCUGAAAUUGUUCAAUCUCGUAGAGAGAUAUACAUUUAUGGUGGUCUUGGAGCUCGAGGUGAUAGCACCAAGGCUACAUUUAAUGACACCUGGAAAUUUGUACUUAAAAGUCAGCGUUGGAUUCAUGUGCAGUCCGAAAUAGGACCUCCACCUCUAGCUGGGCACACCUUGACCCUACUUAAAAGUGGAGAUGUUGAGACAUUAAUUUUGAUUGGUGGUUUAAGUCCUCUUGUCGGAUUUAGUGAAUUUGUGUGGGAAUUCAACCUAGAAACUGAAAAUUGGAGCCGUUUUAAUACAACCGGGGAUCGUCCUCUUGGUAUUUUUGGUCACAGCACAGUAUUCCAUGGUCCAAGUCAAAGUUUCUAUGUGUUUGGAGGGUAUAAUUAUCUCGUAAAUCGCACUCUGUUGUCCAACAAGCUGUAUUCCUUGCAUUAUCCGACCAGAGUCUGGUCUAUGUUGCCCCCAUUUGAAAAUUAUAAUCCGCCAGAUUUGCAUUUGCCAAGAGCAAGAGCUUUCCAUACUGCAGUUACCAAGGAUGAUUACAUGCUUAUUUUUGGAGGACGUUCUCAUCCCCACAAUAUGACUGAUACACUAGUAGCAUAUUUGUACACAUGUAAUCAGUGGGUUCGACUUAUUUCAAAAGAUGUCAAUUUAGUUGGUGUGGUACCUCCCUCAACCUACGCUCAUGCAAUGGCAAUGGAUCCAGAGUCUGGAGCUAUCUUCGUGGUUGGUGGUUUUGAAGGUGGCGUUGAGAGCCAUGUUACACACUUGUCGCUCCCAGAUGAUCUCUGUGCUUUGUGGCCUGGGAAAUGUCAUCUUCCUGGGUGCUCUUACUGUGCUGUCAUAAGAUCAGGAGGUGCUCCUAACUCUACAUUUUGUUACAACAAUGCACGCUCAAUGCCUGAUGAAUGCUCCAGUGGAAAUGGUACUGUCCGGACUACCAAUGGUGUUUCUUGCAACAGAAAAUGGAUAUCAGCUCGAAAUUGCUCACAGCACAAAGCAUGCUCAGAAUGCUUGGCAUCAUGGCCAUCUCAUAUUGAAGAAGGACAGACUUGUAAAUGGUGCAAAGGCAUUGGAAGUGGAAGUUGUGUAGAUAUACACUCUGAUGAGUGCGGUAAAAGUGAGCUUCAAACUACUUUAGAUGUGUCAGAAUGUCCAGAGAAGUAUUGCUAUGCACCAGAAUGCGACCUAUGUCGUACAUUGGAUACUUGUAUAUGGACUAGGCCAGUGCUACGAGGAGAGAGGGGUAUUGAGCCAUCGUUUGAUUGGGGUUGUACUAAGAAAACCAUCUUAGAUCGAAUUACCUACCCAUACUGUCCAAAGCGCUGUGGUGAACAUAGGCUCUGUGAUUCCUGCCUUCGCUCUCAUGGCGCCGAAGGGGGCUACCGUGAAUGCCGUUGGUCAACAGCAAUACAUGAAUGUGUUUCUCCAGCCUACCAAUCUCUUCUUUGCUCUGGUGGUGUGUGUGGAAUGGUUAUCAGUGGAGGCAACACUGAACGUUGUCCAGAACCGUGUUCGACUUAUUUCAAGUGCUCAGACUGCCUGCGUCAUGCUCGCUGUGGUUGGUGUUCUUUGGACAGUGGAAACCAGACAGGACGUGGUGUGUGUACAGAAGGCUCCCUUGAGAGACCCGCCUCAGGUCCACUGCGUUCUACUUGCGCUGCACUUUUCCAAGAAGAACUUAAGAAAAAUCAUCACCCUCCUUUGAUCCAUUCAUAUAAAAAUGGAACGGAGACAAUUGAAAUACCAAAAGUAUUUUCCUGGCACUACGUCAAGUGUCCUCCUGAAAAUGAGUGUGAAAAUACUCAUCAUUCAUGCAACCCUGUGUCAGAAGUUUGUGAGGAUCUAACCGUUGGUUUCCAUUGCAAAUGUGGUCCAGGAUAUCGAGCAGACCGGGCAGAAAGAAAAUCCUGUGUUCCUGUCUGUAGCCAGGGUUGUGUUCGAGGAUUGUGCAUUGAACCCAAUCGGUGUCUUUGUGACUUCGGUUAUGUUGGGGCAAACUGUUCUAUCCAAUGUCAAUGUAAUGGUCACUCCAACUGUGCUGGCCCAGAUAAACUUGAUUUCUGUUUGUCAUGUCGCAACAACACAAUGGGCCGGCAAUGUGAAAGGUGCAAACCUCUCUUUGUAGGUGAUCCAAGUAAUAAUGGUCAGUGUGUCCCUUGCAUUGACUACUGCAAUGGUCACACACACAUCUGUAUCAAUGACAGUAUUUCCGCUCCUCCUUCUGGUAAAUGGUUGGAUGUUCCAUUAGAGGACCUAAAAGCAUUCCUUGGUGAGGGUCCAACAACUCAUGCACAUUGCAUAGGAUGUGCAAAUCGUACAACUGGAGACAAGUGCGAUGAAUGCAUUUCUGGCAAUUUUCGAGGCAGCGAAGAUCACAGAGAUCCCUGUCGACCAUGUCAGUGUCAUGGCCAUGGACAUUUGUGUGAUCCAGUGACAGGAGAGAAGUGCAACUGUCAAAACAAUACUGAAAGUGAUUGUCCUAGUGUGCAAAGUCUUUCUCAGAAGAGUAGCAAUGUUGAUAAUGAGUGCUGGAGGAAUCAGUGCUCCAAGUGCCGAGAGUCUUACAUGGGGAAGCCAACUGAUGGCCAUCAAUGCUACAAACAAAUGAGUGUAGACCUCAAAUUCUGCCUGGAUGCUAAACUUAUCGAUGAGUGUAAACUGAAACCUCGACCUCUGAUGCCCGGCCAAACUGUUUUCUUUGCCGUGCAACCCCGCUUCAUGAAUGUUGACAUCCGAGUCAUAGUAGACGUCACAGAGGGUGCCUUGGAUCUGUACCUGUCACCACGAGAAGACACAUACGUUGUUCACGUGAACGAACGGACCGGCGAGCACAUAAUCGACAUGGACCACAAGUACAUCUGGCGGCCCGAGGAGUACGACACGCUGACCGGGGGCGUGGUGGUGUCCGCGGUGGAGCUGGUGCAGCCCGAGCCGCUGGUGGGCGACAACUCGUCCGUGCACGCCUCGCACCUACAGAGCCUGCAGAGCCUGCACCUGUCGCCUGGGGACAGGGACAGGGACCGCGAACGCGAGCGCGAGCGUGACCGCGGCAGGUACUCAGACAGGGACCACGGUCGGCACGACAGGCACGACAGGCACUCCGAGCGACUCCACUCCUUCCUGGGCCACAAAUUCAUUCGGCAAGAGCGGCACGCGCACGGGCUCACGUCGUUCGUGACCGUCAACCACAAGAACACCCUGCUCGUGGUGCGCAACCUGCGCGACAGGCUGGUGCUGACGCUGCCGCAGGACCGGCACGAGCUGGGCGUCACGCGCUUCUUCAUCGCGCUGGCGGCGCGCAACACGUCGGGACCCACGCUGGGCAUGAUCUUCUUCCGCCAGGACCAGCUGCACAUCGACCUGUUCGUCUUCUUCUCCGUCUUCUUUUCGUGCUUCUUCUUGUUUUUGGCCGCUUGCGUUGUGGGGUGGAAGGCAAAGCAAGCGGCUGACAUCCGCCGCGCGCGCCGGCGCCACGUGGUGGAGAUGCUGCACAUGGCCAAGCGGCCGUUCGCGUCUGCCACCGUGCUGCUGGAGGGGCCCGACCGCACGCCGGCCUACUGCCCCAGCGGCGUGCAGGGCCAGGGCCAGGGCCAGGGCCCUCAGGCCGCCAGUCAGAGCCAGGGGGCUGCGGGCAGCUCAGGCUCCGGGCAGGCGGCCGCCCAGGCCUCGGCCUCGGGCUUCUCGGCGGCACAGUUGGUGCCGUCGCCCGCGCGCAAGAAGCAACACCAGCACAGAACGGGCGGCGGCGCUGCGGGCAGCGCGUCGCAGACCAGGAGCCCCGCGGGCAGCGCAGGCUCACGCCUCAACAGCGGCGUGCUGCCGGUGGCCGUGGAGCUGACCGACGACGGCGUGGCGGCCGUGGCCACCGUGCUGGUGCGGCUACCCGGCGGCAGGGAUGCUCCGGUGCGCAUGGCGCUCGCCUCCUCCCUCAUCCUGUUGGCGAGGGUGUACCCCACCAACGGGCGCGCCUUCCUGCGCCGGCGAAGCGGCCACUCCCACGCCCACUCACACACUCACGCGCCCUCUUAGCAUCACGCCGCCCCCGCGCCGCCCCUCG